UGCCGUCGUGCGUGGUGCGUGUGUCUAUUAUUGAAUCACUUCUCAACAUCUUGGUUGCUGCCGCGACAGUUAUCCUUAACCCUACCAAUUUCGAGAAGAAAAAAAAAAAAACAAUGGGAGACCGCAACAAUCCCAUUAAGUUUGGUCCGGAGUGGCUACGCAACCUUGCACGUGAGCGGAGCGCAGGGAGGACGAACACACCUCAGAACAACUCCAGACCCGGAAAUUCUCAGAGCACCAGACCCAGCGGGUCCCAGGGACCUGGUGGGUCAAACUCUAAUCCAGCAGGGACCGUUGGAGCCGCGGGUCCACCGACGUCAGUUAGUCCCCCGAACGCUGGAGCCACAGCAUCAGGCGGAACUUCAACACCACCUCCAGGGACCUCAACCGGAGCAAUCACACGAAAUACAAAUAACAAUCCAGUACCAAAAGUGCAGCUAGCUAAGAUGAGAUACGGCAGAGAAGAGAUGCUGGCUCUAUACGAUAGAUCCUCCGAGGCGCCGGACGAACUGAAAUAUUUCGAAAUGAUAUACGCGGCGCGGGGGAAACCACCGGUCGCACUGAACACCUUCGAGGAGGAGACGCCUGUACCUCAGCUGCAGCGGGGUGGGCCGCCUAUCGGAGCGAUGCCAACAGAACGCUUCGGCUUAGGACGGGGUGCGGGCCGGGGCGCUAUCGCGAGCGAGCCUCGGGGGAAGUCCCGCAUGCCGUUCGUCCGUCAUCCAUCAUCGGGGCCAACAUCUGGAAGGGGUUCUGCAUCACUCCACACGGGUAAUGCCAGGACCCCUGGGUUCAGUGGACCCGAGGAAGAAGCGGCCCCGGGCCGGCCGUGGACAGGAAAUAAUGGAGUUGGUGCUCCGAAUAGGGCUGAUCAGAGUGAAUGGGGACAGAAUAAAACGUAUCGAAGCCCAUCGCAGUCCUCUGCUGGACAUAGGCAACUUCAAAGUCGCGCCAAAGAUCCUGGAUCACCGCCGUCAGCACCUAAUCGGGCGUCGGCGACUACAUCAAGUCACCGGUCUACCUGGCUGGAGGGCGCCUUAUGGCGACAUCCCAGUAACACAAAUUGGCGACAAACAUCACGCGACGAAGGAGGAGACGAGUGGCGACACCAAGAAAAUCCUCGAAAUCGGUCUAACGUAGACAAAUGGGAUCGAGAUUGGAGUGAAAGACCUGCUCAGGACAGACCGCAGUCUUGGAACUCGGGCCGUCGGACGUGGAUGGGCGAUCAGAACAACGAGGACAAUUUACCGGAAUGGGCCGUUGAUAGUGCUGAAGCGGGAGCGGGAACAUUCGACUCCACCGGCGCUUUUCACGGUUACAGCAAUGACGAUUCAAAUAUACCGAAGACCCAAGAAACGACUUAUCCUUUGACUCGUUCGCACACGCACGGCAGUUUCGCAAGAUCAAAAACUGUAGAGGAAGGUUCAGAUGAGUGGUGGGCUUCAGAAAAAGCAAAAAAAUUGUCUCCGAAAAGAUUUGAUGCAGGCGAAGCCAAGUAUAAGAAGUCUACAAGCACGGGGUCGAAUGAAGCCUCAGCGAGCUCAAGCUCAAACCAAGGGAAUAUGAAUAUUGAUGACCUGCAAGAAAUACCAGAGAAGUUAGAAAAACCUCGCAAUGAUGGCGAAACCAAAACCAAUAACAACGAAGAAAAAAAAGAAAAUAUGAUGAGGCAAAAGUUCUCAGAGAGCAAGACAUUCGAUGCGCUAAUGAGAUCUGAGAUUGACUUCGCGGAGGGGAGCGAUGAUAUGAGUAAUUUUCAGUCGGUUAUGAUCACACCGAACAACAGUCUCCGUCAGAAACACCAGAACAUCGUCACAUCAGGCGCCGAUCCUUCGAUUAUGCAGGCGUCCAGCUCGGGCCUGCUUCACAUGCUGCAUGGCAUUCCGAUGAGCGCUAAGACCACCGAGAAUGAAGCCACCCAGACUUCCGAGGAUAAAAUAGUCGAACAACUGAUUGAUCUGACGCUGGACCAGCCAACCAUGCCACCUAAUUUGCAAGCUAACACUACUAAUACGAUGUUGAUCCAUCCUAUCCCCAACGCUAAUCCUGGUCUUCAACUACGCAUUCCAAAUCCUGCAAUGCAAUCUCAUCCUUUAUCAUUGAACACAGCUUCAUUACCGACUUCAGGCAUGCAGGCUCCAAACAUACAAAAUGUUGGCAUACAAAAUUCAGCCUUGAAUUCUUCUCUAGGGCUUCCUAUCGGUCCGCCCGGGAACAAUGGUAUGGUGUUGCCCAUGCCGCUUCAGCCGGUUAUGCAAAAUACGCAAAUAAGUGCUAUUAAUACAGGCAUACAGUCCAGAACAGUGAUGGGUAGCUUCCAGCCCAACAACGGUAUACCCGUAAUACCCGCUCCCAAUGUCGCCAAUAAUACUCUAUUCAUGGCCCAGAACAACGCACCGCACACGAUGCCAUCGUCGAACGAUUUGGCGAUGUCCAAUCACGGCGCCCAGAACAAUAUGUUCCCCAUUCACGGGAUACAGCACACGACCUCUCAAAGUUACGGCUCCUUAUACGGCAAUAUAAUGCAGAACUCGACGGCUCAAGGCACUCCCAACGCGCAGAACCUCGCCGACCAGUGGUAUUACGAAGAUCCGGAAAAAAUCAUCCAGGGACCGUUCUCCUCCAAAGACAUGUACAACUGGUACCGAGCUGGCUUCUUCAGCCCGAGCCUGAUGGUGCGUCGUGCUUACGAGCCCCACAUGCGCCCGCUCGGCUCAUACGGUCCGGUACCUUUUGCACAAAUGGAUGUUCUAUCUCCAUUCCCCAUGUCUGGGUUUGAAUCUCGGCCCCAAGGAUACGAUAUGCUUAACCAACAAGCGGCCCUCGGAAUCGAAGAUUCGCUGUGGGGCCAGCCGGGACCGACACAGGAUCUGAUGUGGAUGCAGCAGACCAUUAAUGCCAGAAACGAUAGCGGAGUUAAUAAUUUGCCCAUGUUUUUCUGGGAUCCACAGCCAUCCUCUGCCAUAUCGUCCAACUCGUUACUGCCAAAGGAGAUUGCUAAGGAAAUGAAAACUGAGGAUCAAAUUCUAGCUCAACUCAGGGCUUCGCAAAACUUGCCUACCCCUUCGUCGGCGCCUUUCUUGACCGACAUUACCGCUGCCACGACUUCUGCGUCUUUGACUAUGAACACAACUAACGAUGGGUUUUCAACUGUAAUCGCUGCUCCUGAACUGGAAAAAUUGCAAAUUUUGCUGCAGACUGACAUCAUCACAGCACCCCUUGCCCCUACCAGUGAGGUGAAAGACACCGAAGAUCUUGAGGUUACUGCGACUAAACCAACUAAAGCUGAAGCUACCUCUGAACCGCCAGCGAAGUCGUCGCCGGCCAAAACUUCAUCGGAGAAAUCAAAACAAACUAAAAAUGACACAGAAAAAUCUGUAAAAGCUAAAGACGGUACCAAAACUAAGAAUAAAAAGAACAAAGAGGAAAAGAAAGAAGAUAAUGACGCAAAGAACAAAGACGAGGAAAGCAAGUCUGAGAAAACAUCAUCUGAGUCUUCACCGGUAAAGAGCAAGAAAGAAGAGAAGCAAAGCAAAAAAGAUCUAGAAAAGGAGAAGAAGGAAUGGAUUAAAGAAGGCUUCACAAUCGUUAAAGCUCCCGAGAAGAGCAACAAUAAGGAAUCCAAGAAGAAAGCAGAAGAGAACAAAGCGGUCGAGGAAGUCGAAAAGAAAAAGAAAGAAGAAGAGAAGGUGAUGGUCAUCGUUAAAGAAGAAGAAAGAGGGAAGAUGACGGAAUUAACAAAGAAACAACAGCGACAUAUACUUGAUUCACUCUCGAAGAAAGCUCCGUGGUCCGCAACGCCGGCGGCGACCACGAAGGAAGGGAUCAAUCUCGCCGAGAUACAGCGCCUCGAGAGGGAGAAGAAACUGGAGCAGAUAAAGGAGCAGCAACACAUGAUGCAGCUGCUUGCACAGCAGCAGGCAGAGGCGCUGGCAAGAGAACAAGUCAUAAAUGAUUCGCAGGCGAAUCUACCCUGGAGUAAGAAGAAGCCGAGCAACAGCGGCUCCGGGCAGAGUCUAGCUGAGAUACAGGCGGAAACGAGACGGCAAUCGGCCGCAGCACAGGCGGCUGCUGCAGCUCAAGCCAUUGAGGAGGCCCAAGCGCUGCCACUGCCGCCGCCCAUUCACGUGCCGUGGGGGAACUCGCAAAAUGGGGCAGGUGGAUUCUGGGACACUCAACCUAACUCGUCGAAGACGGAGAAGCCUCAGGAAUUAAAGCCGGAGAAGAAGAAGAAGGUUGUGGUCUACGCUCCCAAGAAGGAGACCUCCCCGGUGGCCGAGUUCGAGGCCUGGUGCGGCAAUGUGCUGACAUCGUGGAGCUCCAAGAUUGAUGUGCCGACGUUUGUGGGCUUCCUCAAGGACAUAGAGUCUCCGUACGAGGUGAAGGACUACGUCAAGUGCUAUCUCGGCGAGUCGAAGGACGCUAAUGAUUUCGCUCGACAGUUUCUCGAGAGAAGGUCUAAGCUGCUUCGCGUGGGGAUGGUGACGCCGUCGGAUGACCUUUGCUCCCCAGCCAUGGCGGUUAAUCCGCGAGUUUCGAUCUCCGACUACCAGGAGGUGAAGGGCAAAGGGAAGAAGUCGAAAAAGAAUAAAAUGCUCAAAGUCGACGCUCGUAUCCUCGGCUUCUCCGUGACCGCCGCUGAGGAUCGGAUCAACGUCGGCGACAUCGACACCGUAUGAGAUGAUGACUAAAUUAUCUACUCGCCAUGUGAUAUCACCCGGAGGUAUUUAAACAAUGCACUAUAAAGUUAAUUACGGUCUCACAACGCCCGGUGGUAUCCACCAGGGCCUUGAUACCGUACACGCAGACAUUUUUAUAUAAGAAAUCUUUUUCGUCGUCAAUUCGGUAAAAACUACCUUCGGAUUUAGGUCUCUGUCCGUAUACAGCUGAGAACAAACGUCUCGCUAUCUCGCCCACGAUUUGUCUUUGAUACGUACUUGUGUGACGUAUGUGUCCGGGCCUUCUGACGCGUGUUCUCAGCAAGCCAAGUGCACGCCGUUAGACGUAUCGUAUAAUACAUGCAACCUAGUAUUGUAUCCCAGUCGUUUGUAACGGUUGAUCUUAUGCAAUUAUGUAACUAAUGUACUUUAAAUAUAAAGUUCAAUUCGCUCUGAACUUGAUCGCGGUUCAAAAUUGCCAUCGUAUUCGUUAUAUAAUAUAAAUGUCUCGCAACAAAAGCUAGUUGUGCUAUGUGAAACAAUUUAAAUCUUAUUCAUGUACAUGAACUUUUUAAAUGUAAUCCGUAGUUUUAAUUGAUGUCCGUGAAUUGAAUUCCCGUGCAAUGUACUGCAUAAAUAUAUAAAUAAAUAAUUAAUUAUGAAUUUAUUUUAUACAAUAUCGCAUUUUUUUAACUGAUGAAUACAAUUUUAUAUUUUAUUUCUUACAGAUAAAAUUUUUAUUUCAAAUAUGUAACUUAUCACAAAUGUUUAUUUCAAUAUUAACUAAACGGUUAAGAAUAUAUUUUAAUACUGUCAAUAUGUCUGUAUUGAAGGCUCGUUGCCCGACGAGUAGCGCAACACGCUACGCAUGUUUGCUAUUUCGGUUAAAAUCAUACGUAUAAAUAUAACAAAAGCAUCGCUCAUAUUGUAACAUGCUACUAAAAUAUUAAUAAAAAUCAUAACGUCGUCUAUCAUUAAUGAAACUAAAUUGUCAAGUGGACAACAAACAAUUCUUAUCGCGGAAUACUGCGCACGCGCAUCUAGCGCACCGACGUGCAAGGAGUCUUAAACACAGCUAUAGUUAGUUAUGUUCUUAAUCGUCAGUAAAUGUUGUGAACGUAUAUUAUAAUGUGUGCAAUUUUAUAAUGCAAUUUAUUUAUAUGUAAUCGAUAAAAUAAAUUUACUAUUAUAAUAAUGCAUGACAGAAUUAAUUAACAAUGUACACGUAAUGAUUUCGUCCUUCCUAGUGUAUUAAUUGUCGUUUGUAUAGAGCUGCGAGUGAUCUCUAAACGUCGACUGUAUCGGACAUGUUCUUGUGAUCGUAACGAAUUUAUUUAUAUAAGGUUUUUGUAUAAAUUCGUCUUCACUUAAAAAUAAUUAAAUCUAAACAAAACUUUACAAUGUUCUCGAUUUUAUUGAUCGAUUUAUGAAAUAAAAUUUAAAUAAUAAAAUUAAUGUUUGGUCAUCAUUAAAAACGACAAAACAUAUUUUUUAUAUGUUUGAUUCAACGUUUACAAUAUUCGUCUCUAAUUUUUAAUUAAAAUACUAAUUAUUAUUAACAGCUAAAUGAUGCACAAGUGUCGUAUUGGAGACGUUUAGAGAUGUUUAAUAUAGAUAGAUUUAUCCGUACGCCCCCGCACUACACGUAAUUUCUUAUCGUAAUACGUAUCGACUGUUAUAUCCUGCAUAAACGUACUCGUGUCUUGAAGCUUCACUUUAAACACUUAUUUCAAUUUAUUGAUAAAACAAUAAGUAAUGUUUUAAUGUCAAUGGUAUCGAUUCGGUCUUUCUUUUAACGUUAAUAUAUUAAGGACACAUUCGUACUCGCCAAUGAAUAUUGCACAUCGACCAUUGAAAAGAGACAAUCGGCUACUCUCGGCUUCGUAGAGCGUUAUCUCCGUCGCACGAAACGCUAACAUUGCGGUAUCUAUUAGGAGUUGUUAAAACAAUUAUGAGUUUCUGUGUAAUUUAAUAAAAUACAUCAAUAGUUUCUAUAAGUGCUGUCUUUCGAUUAUGGAAAAAAUUGAAUAAAAUGAUCAUUUUUGUACCAUGUUGAUGAAUUUUUAUAAGUUACAUAUGUCGUAUACAAAACAUUUUUUAAAUUUGACGCAACCGCUCUCUACCGCAGUUGAUCAAUGAAAUGUCACAGAGGUAGUGUGCGACUCGGAUAAGGCUUUACGAAGGCGAUUGUCUUUUUUCGAAGUUCGAAGUGCAGUACUUAUUGACCGCGACUGUACCGCAUUCCGACAGCUUGCUGUAGUAAGCCAACGUUAUCGUGGACAUAAUUUGUAUGUUUUCGUAUGUUUCUGUAUUUAACUCGUCGAAUAAGUGUUUCCGGUGGCGCGGAGUACGAUUUUUUCGGUCGAUACUUUAAUAAUGUUAGCGUGAGGGCCUUUAAUCUCAAGUCAAUUGUAUGCAAUUAAUUUCCGACACUGAAUGUAUAAUGAAUAAUGCCGAUGAAUAAUUUCAUUACCGUUUCUGUAAUUAAUUAAUGAUAAUAAUUAUUAUUGUUUUAAUGUAUAAGUCGAUUUUUGUAUUUUAUGUGUAUGUGUUAAAUCGUAACUCGUUUGUUAUCUGUAACCGUUUGUGCACACACACCGCGCUUCAUUUCCCGAGCGUGCUUAGUGAAUCGGUAUACAUGGUGUUUUAUAUCGUAGUGAGUGUAUCGAGUCACUGGUUGACUGUCGCAAUAUUAAUGUUAAGCUAAGUGCACACGACGCGUAUCUUUCGCAUCUUAUACCUGUUCGUUCCCCAUGUAAUGAAAAGAUACAUCUCGUUUGCAUUUACGAAAUUCAACCUUUUCCACGUCCAUAUAAAGUUCAAUUUGAAACUAUCGAAGUUUUUAACGAAGCAUAGAUUUGCUUCGUGAAAAUAUUUAUUUAUUUGAAGACUACAUGGCCUGAGUGUGGGGAAGGUUGGAUAGCUGAUGAGUGUACAUUAAAGUAAAACAAUUUGAUGGUUAUACAUUAUUUAUAUAUGUUCACUCGAGUAGUGUAUUAAUAAUGUUUAUAAUAUACGAUGUUUGUAACUUGAGACUUGUUACUCGGACUAGAUGUAGUUUUGUAAACUGAACUAAAACAUAACAUAACAUUUGUCUUUUCUAAGUAACGGAUAUAUGAAUCGUAAUUUUAAGCGUUUGAUUUUUGUAAAUGAUUUGUUUUAGAAUCGUUAUUUGUAUAAUGAGUGGAUACUUCCCAAAAUAUAAAUGAUUUCGAUUUAAUAUAUUAAACCGUAUUUGAUGUGAAUUAAAUUCUUGAGUAAGUAUUUAAAUAGCGUUUGUGUUGUUGUAGGUGACGACAUUCCUGAUCUAACUUGGCGUCGCAUCGCACUGAUGCGCGAAUAACUUUUACACUAAUACGAACACUCGGUUUUUAGUAAGAAAACUAUCGAAAUCUUUUAAACUCUAUCUUAAUCUAUAUUUUUAACUCUCAUUCAUUUAAAUUAGACAACAUGCUAUGUACGAGCUUCCUAUACCUACUCCUACCUAUCGUAUUGUAUACGGUAUAUAUAUUUUCAGACACUCAAAAUGACCCUCGUUAAUACGAAUACGUUGUACCCCGGUUGGUCACUCCAGUCGCAGUUACAUAUUGACACGAUUGAAAAAGUGAUUUCCUUAGACAACAUAACGGUACGAUCAGGAAUGUUCCUUGCAAUACUCAUAGCAACAACCAAUACUCGCAGUCCGGGGAAUAGUCUCCGGAUUGCAUUCGAAACUGUCGGACCGUUGCCAUUUAAAUAGUAGAACUCGGUUGGUAGAGAAUUGUGUGCUAAUUUAUAAUGAACUUUUAAUAUAUAUCGAGUGCCUUCCCGCUCGCCGGCGCGUGCGUCGAACACUCGCAGUCACAUUGCUCUUGAUCACUGAUGGUUUUACGCGAAACGUAUCAAACAAUUGUACACUGUUUGGGUGAUGUUUGGGUGCUGUAUCUCACGUCUUCGUUCAUUUGACUUAUCUGAUAAACAAAUGAUUUCUUGCUAAAUUUUGUUCAGUGAAGAUGCUUGAUUUAUGUCGUCACAUGUUAACUCGUACGUCAUCGUCGGUUACAAAAAAUGUUAAUUUUGUAAGAUAUGAAUUUUCGAACAUUUCGUAUAUGAGAUUCUGUAAGUAAAUUUUUAGCAACCGGAAAGUUGCUGUAUGAAGUCGAAAAGAUAUAUUUUCAAAUAUUUCCAACGCGACAGAAUCUAUUCUCGAAGCUCGGACGAACAAGGAUUUAUCUCGUUUUGAACAAACAAAUGCAUGUCUCGAGGUUUGCAAAAAAGCCGGCAACCCAAUGAUGGACUUUCCGAUGGAUUAUUAGAUUCGAUUUAAAAUUCGCAUGAUUUUGUAUAUACAUAUAUAUUGGCGCUUGUCACAUUUCCGAAGCGGGGGUAAAAUCAAAGUUAUCAAAUUGAUGGUUAUCGUGAUUGUUAGUUGUACGACAAGUGCCGACGUGUUAAGACUUAUAUACCAAAACACAAAUAAUCACUAGAUACUUUAACUGUAAGCUCCUCCACACGGUCCGAUGGUUCACGUAGAUAUUUCGUAUUUCACUAUGAUCAAUAAUAAUACAUUACAGAGUAAUGGCACCGACACACCUAUGCUAACGAGCGAAGCGAAAGACACCAAAGAAAAUGUAAUAUGUCUGUCGCACUUUCGAGCGAUCAAUCAAAUAGUUUCCUUUGUAAAGGAACGUUCGAUAGGUUCCGAGACGGAGGAGUGACUUUUCCAUAUUCUUGUUAUGUUAUAAAAAUCGCUAGGAAUUUGUUCCACGGUGAUUAAUAUCGGAAGCACGUCGUCCAUUCCCGAAGAUACAAUGAAGGGAUCGAUGUAGGUUUGCCCUUUCGCUCCGCUCGCCGUGUUUCUUGUCUUUUAUAAUCUAAUCACGUAUGUAAUUUUAGUAUGGGUGUACGCUAAUUGUAAACUAUAUCAAUGAGCAUGUGAACUAAUGAAUGUUAAUUGUUUUGAUUUUAUUGUAUCAUUAUGUUUUAAAGACGUGUAAAUAUUAUUUUAGACUUAAAAUAAAAUAAUUGAUCACUGUA